AUGGAGUCAGGCGAAAAACCCAAAAAAACACACAAGAAGAGGGCGGCAGGACAGAAAGCAAAGAAGAAGAAAACCAAGCAGCUUGGGAAGGUUGAGAAACACAAUCCGAAAGCGCAUACCUUCUCUGGUGGCAAGCGAAGUGUGCAACGACGCGUGCAGUAUACCUUGGAGCGGCAAGCCAAGAAGGACAAAGCUCCGAAGGUAGACAAGACCCCUGAGGUACCUCCGCCCUUCAUCGUGGUGGUUCAGGGUCCCCCAGGCGUUGGGAAGACGACCCUGAUCCAGUCGCUGGUGAAGCAUUAUGCCAAGUGGGUGACCUUGGUGAGUGGCCGACAUCGUCGGCUGACCAUCAUCGAGUGUCCACAGGCGAUGUCAGCGAUGCUGGACCUGGCGAAAAUUGCCGAUUUGGUGUUGCUGCUCAUCGAUGCAUCGUAUGGCUUUGAGCUCGAAACCUUCGAGUUCAUCAACAUCCUUCAAGUGCAUGGCUUUCCCCGUGUCAUCGGUGUUUUGACCCAUUUGGACUCCUUCAAAGAGAACAAGCAGCUGAGAAAGGUCAAAAAGAGCAUGAAGCACCGCUUCUGGGCCGAGCUGUACGAUGGAGCCAAGCUCUUCUAUUUAAGUGGUUUGCAGUAUGGGCGCUAUCACCGGCUUGAGAUCCAGAAUCUCGCGCGGUUUAUUGCUGUCCAAAAAGCACCGCUCCUUUCCUGGAGACAAAGCCAUCCAUAUGUCUUGGCUCUGCGGUGGGAAGAUCAGACGGAUCCUACUCUCCCAGAGGCCUCGGCGAGGCGCUUGGAUCUGUAUGGAUAUGUCGGGUGCUCGGAGUCUGACGUCCGACGGGAGACGGUCGAGUCCUCGAGACGGUCCACAGAUCCUUUGCCGAGAGAUUUCAACAUCGCUGGGAUCAAGAAGUUGACGGACCCGUGCCCUCCGCCGCAGGAGACCGAGGCCGAGCGGCGGCGGGCGCAAGCGCGGAAGGGCGACGAGAAGUGGGGAGCGCCUGGAGCGACGGACCGAGCGGAUGGAGCGGAUGGAGUGACCAAGAACAAGCCGAAGAAGAACGCCUUGCGGACUUUGGCAGAGCGCCAUCGUGUGGUCUAUGCUCCAGGCUCGGAGAUCGGUAGCAUCACCGUGGACUCCGAGGCGAUGUACAUCUACGUCCCGGAUCAGCAGGCGUGGUGCGGGCGUGUCGGUGCGAGGAUAAGAGGAAGAAGGGUGGAGUGGAGACUGAGUAGGGUUGGGUGA